GCCAAUCAGUGCCACCUAUCAGUGCACAUCAGUGCCGCCUAUCAGUGCCUGUCAGUGCCGCCUAACAGUGCCAGUCAGUGCCGCCUAUCAGUGCCAUGCCAGCCAGUGCCGCCUAACAGUGCCAGUCAGUGUCGCCUAACAGUGCCAGUCAGUGCCGCCUAUCAGUGCCUCCUCAUCAGUGCCCAUCAGUGCCACCUAUCAGUGUCCACCAGUACAGCCUAUCAGUGCCCAUCACUGCAGCCUCAUUAGCGCACAUCAGUGAAGGAGAAAAAUCACUUAUUUACAAAAUUGUAUAA